UUGUCAUCUCCCUACAUUUGUGCAAGUAACGUGUUUUAGUGAAAACUAGAAGCUGAGAAUGGAUCCAGGCAAGCCGCCUGGUUUUAGAGGUAUGACGAGCAUGCCCUGGCUUCAGCAACAGGGACGUGGAAGAGGACAACAGCCGAAAGAGUUGGCUAUAGGACGUAGUCGGGGCCUGCAUCUUGUCACAGAAGGGCCUGGUGUUGGAGGAGUUGGAGUGUUUCCUGGUGGUACCGUACAAAUGCCAAUUGGACAAGGAGCAAUUCCCUCUGUGGCUGAACCUGUGCGAGGACAUGCUAGAGGACUGCUGUUUUCUCCUGAUGGUGGCGAGUUAGGUCGAGCCAGAGGACUGUUGCUUCCAGCAGCUGAACCAAAGAUAGGGGUGGCCAGGGGUGCACUUUUGCCUAGUUUGGAGCCACAGCAAGAACAGACCCCUUCAUCUAAAUCUGUGACACAAGAGCCAAUGGAACAGACCACAGUUCCACAAACGAAAGGGGUUGACAUUCCUAGCCCUGGUCAGGGGUCAGUGUUGGCUUCCAUGUUUAGAGGAAUGGGCAUUGAGCCCACAACUUCGUGGGGAAGAGGAGUGUCCCCAGUCGGAAGGGGAGCAGCUGGAGAUUUUGGGCAGUUCAUCAGUAGCCAAGAGGGUGUUGGCAAAUCAGAAGAGGUGAUGGGCAGAGGUAGCAGUUUUCUUGGUCGAGGUGUUUCUCCUCCGGUGAUUGUGGAGAUUGGGAGAACACCAAUGCCUCAACUUGGAGUAGGAAGAGGACCUCCUUCACUUUCUAUUCCCUCUCCAAAAUUUCUCACUCCAACCUCUGAGGCACGAGAUCCCUCACAAGUUCAGACGGGAGUUGCUCCUGCUGUGCCGACAACCCAGGAUGUUCUGGAGCUUUCUAGCACUGCAUCAGUAAAGACAGAGCUGAAAAUGGAAGCGGCUCAUGAACCAGUUAAUAAGGCUGGCACUAAAGGAGCCACAAUAACUAUUGGGUCAAACCACAUCCCAAUUCACUGCAAGAAUGAAGCUGUUUAUCAGUACCAUGUUACAUUCACUCCAAAUGUUGAAUCAAUGGCAAUGCGUUUCGGCAUGAUGAAAGAACAUCGUUCGACUACUGGUGAAGUUGUGGCUUUUGAUGGCUCGAUACUCUACCUGCCUGUGAAGAUGAAAGACGCGGUUGUUCUCAAAAGUUUGAGAAGAACUGAUAAUGAGGAGAUACAAAUCAAAAUCCAGAUGACAAAGGUUUUGCCACCUAACUCAGAGUUGUGCAUCCCAUUCUACAAUGUGGUACUCAGGAAGGUAAUGAAGAUCAUAGGACUGAAGCUGGUGGGGCAGAAUCAUUAUGAUCCAGAAAGCGCAGUCAUUCUCAAAAAACAGCGGCUCCAAGUGUGGUCAGGCUAUUCAACAUGUAUCAAGCGCACAGAUGGAGGCCUGUACUUAAGUGUGGAUGUUUCACACAAAGUCUUGCGGAAUGAUUCUGUGCUGGAUGUCAUGAAAGAGAUGUACCAACAGAGCAAAGAGAACUUCCAAGACGAAUGCACAAAGGAACUGAUUGGCAGCAUUGUCAUAACCCGCUACAACAACCGCACUUACCGCAUUGAUGCCAUUGAGUGGAAUAAGUCACCCAAAGACACGUUCACUUUGAUGGAUGGUACAACAACCACCUUUGUGGACUACUAUAACAAGAACUACGGGAUCACAAUCAAAGAGAUGGAUCAGCCUCUGCUCAUGCAUCGACCGAAAGAGAGAUCCAAGCAAGGCGGGAAGCAAAUCAUCACUGGAGAGAUACUCUUGGUACCAGAGCUUUCCUUCAUGACUGGCAUCCCUGAGAAAAUGAAGAAAGACUUCAAAGCUAUGAAGGACCUGACUAUGCACAUCAAUGUGAGUGGUGCACAGCACACCCACUCCAUUAAACAGCUUCUGUCAAACAUCAGCAGCAACCCUGAGAGUGAACAGGAGCUCAGACGCUGGGGACUGGAGAUCAGCGGUGACAUCCUUGUGACCAAAGGUAGAACUCUGCCCCUUGAGACCAUCUGUUUGCGGUCUCUGUCCUUUACCAGUGGAGCUGAUGUCUCCUGGUCCAGAGAGGUUUGCAGGGAUGCUUCAAUCAGCUCUAUUCCUUUGAAUGUUUGGGCUAUUUUCUACCCACGCCGCUGUACCGAGCAUGCUGAGGAGUUGGUGUCAACUUUCAAUAAAGUGGCUAGCCCUAUUGGUGUGCGACUAGAUCGGCCAAUUCGUGUUGAGCUUAGGGAUGAUCGCACAGAAACUUACGUCAAGACUAUCCACUCUCAGCUCACCAGUGAGCCCAACUUGCAGCUUGUGGUGUGCAUCAUUACCGGCAACAGGGAUGAUCUCUACAGUGCUAUCAAGAAGCUUUGCUGUGUUCAAAGUCCCAUCCCCUCCCAGGCCAUCAACGUGCGGACAAUUUCACAGCCACAGAAAUUAAGGAGCAUUGCCCAAAAGGUGCUCUUGCAGAUGAACUGCAAACUCGGGGGUGAGCUGUGGACUGUCAACGUUCCUCUGAAACACUUGAUGAUUGUUGGAGUUGAUGUCCACCAUGACACCAGUAAGAGUCAUCGAUCAGUCAUGGGCUUUGUUGCAAGUGUGAACAGUUCACUGACCCGGUGGUACUCCAGAGUGAUCUUCCAGACACCCACUGAGGAACUGAUCAGAGGCUUCAGAAUAUGCUUACUGGCUGCACUGAAAAAGUACUAUGAGAUGAACCACAACUUGCCAGAAAAGAUUGUGGUGUAUCGGGACGGUGUGUCUCAUGGCCAGCUGCAGGCGGUUGAGCUGUACGAGAUUCCAGAGCUCCUCAAAAGCUUUGAGACCUUCCCAAACUACGAGCCGAAGUUGGUCUUCAUCGUGGUCCAGAAACGCAUCAGCACCACUCUGUACUCCUUCACUGCCAACCAGUUUGGUACUCCACCACCUGGGACUGUUCUGGAUCACACUCUGACUGAAAAGCAGUGGGUGGAUUUCUAUUUGAUGGCGCAUCAGAUUCGUCAGGGCUGUGGCCUCCCGACACACUACAUAUGUCUGUACAACACAGCAAACCUUACACCAGAUCACUUACAGAGGCUGACUUUCAAGAUGUGUCAUCUGUACUGGAACUGGCCGGGCACCAUUCGUGUUCCUGCACCUUGCAAGUACGCCCACAAGCUGGCUUUCCUGUCGGGCCAGUACCUGCACUCUGAGCCUGCCAUCCAGCUGUCAGACAAGCUCUUCUUCCUCUGAACUAGCUGACAACUGUGACAUGUUCAGAUAUAAGGAGAAAUUUGAUCUAAAGUUCAGAAACUGUUUAAAAAAUAAAAAUAAAAAAAUUGGA